AUGAGCUCUGAAAACGAAUCAAAUGAUAUUAAAUCUCGUAUUAUUCAAUCUCUUUUUUCAUAUUCUACAGAGAGUGGUGAACUUCUUGAAAAUUACAUAACACAUAUUAGAGUUCUUGAAGAGUCUCAUUAUUCCUCUCCUUCACGUUUUGGGUCUCAACAUGCAACACGGAAACAAAGAUAUAUUUUAAUUUCAGUAAAAAAUGAUGGUAAUGUUCAAAUACAUAAAUCAAGAGAAAAUAAUAACGGCACAUUUUCUAUUGGGAAAACAUGGGAUAUGAAUGAGCUUCAAAGAAUUGAUAAUGUUGAUGCAUGCAAGGUUAUUGUUACUCUUCAAAAACCAUAUCAUUGGAUAUGUGAAUCAGCAAAAGAUAAAGCACUCUUUAUUGAAGUUCUAGUAAAAAUAUAUAAGAAAUUUACUGGUGGAGAAGUCCCUGUUAUGAAUGGUUUUGAUGAAAUGAAAAAUUCGGAUAUCAUGAAUUACGUACCAGAAAACAUAUCUGUUCUAAAAAGACAUUCAUCUAUCUCAUCUAAUACUCAAAAAAAUAAUCAGUAUCAGCGACCUUCUUCUGCGAGAUAUGUAUCAAGUCAGUUCUCUUUAGGCUCUGAUUCUUUUCGCUUUCAUAAGCCAAACAAAAGUUAUACAGAAGAGCAGCUACUACGAAGACAAAGUAGUCUAUCUCGUUCAUCAAAGAGUAAUUCAUUUGAAAAAAAUAGAAAUAGCGACCUUUCGAAAUAUGAAUACGAAUUGUUUCCCAAUAAAAAUUCUGAUAAUCUAGCAUUUGAAAAUGAUGCCAUAGAGGCUCAUGAUAAUCUUAUUACUUUAUCUAAUAAAGAAUCUUCUGAAAAAAAUACUUUUUCUACUAACUUGUCUAAUUCUUUAAAAAAAUAUAGUGAUUAUGAGGGUAUUAAAAUAUUUAAUAAUGAAAAGGAUACAGAAGACUUUAUAAAUUACAUUGAUGGAGUGUUAGAUGAUUUUGAUUGGACUGAAUUGGGAAACACGGAAAGAUUAGAAGAAAAAUUAAAAGAUGAAUUAUCUACAUUACAAACUGCAAAUAUAUGUGCAAUUAUUGAAACUAAUGGCAGAGCUGUGGGGUUAGGUGAAAGACUAAUGUUAUCAGUUAAGGAAUGUGAAAAUUUGAGCUCUUUGCUUGCUUUAUAUUCCUUUGGAUUUAAUGUUAGUACUAUUAAAGAUGACAUUUUUCAUAUAGAAACCCAAAAUAGAGGAUUACAAGUUCAAACAGCGAAUCAGAAAAAGUUAGCAUUAGAAUUACAAAAUUUACUGGAUACACUUUCUAUUGAUGCUCAUGAUUUAGAAGCUUUAAAAAAGACACCACUUGAUUCUACGACAGGGAUUGUAGAUAUUGAAAAAUCUUUAACUUUUUUAUAUAAAGCUCUCAAAAUAUCAAUAACAUCAGAAACUGAUAAUGAAACACCAACAGGUGAUGUUAUAAUAAUGGAAGGAAAAAGGGCGGAAUAUGAAAAAGAAAGUAACGAGUUUCUUUCUCGAUUAGCUCAUUAUUUAAAUAUUAGAUUCCAGUUAGAACUUGCUGAUAUUAUACAUACAGAUUAUUCUCCUACCCCAAAAAUAUUAAAACCUCAAUUAGUUAGUCAUAUUUCUGCAUAUGUAUCUUUUUAUCAUUAUCAAAGUUUUAUGCUUUAUGCAAGACAGCUUAAUCCUUCUAUAUUUGCAACAUUUCAAGAGUACUAUAUUAAAUACACUAGCGGGUUUUAUAAUAGCGAUUUUGAAAAAUUUUUUAAUGUUUGGAGAGUUAUUACGAAAAAAGAUAUGUUAGAAGAUGCAGAUUUUUUAUUUGUUUCUGUUAAAGAAAUAAUAUAUAACAUGAUAAAUACAAAAUCUGCUGAUGUUAAGCAUUCUGGUACUACAGUUAAAACAUCUCGUGGACCCAUUACAGACGUUUGGAAAUAUGAAAAAAAUCAAGAAACUGGUAUUCCUGUCAAUGAAGCGUUUUCUCAUGUUAUAAAAGAGAUUGUGAAUGUGGUUAGUCAAGAACAUAAUUUUAUUACAUUGUUUUUUCAUAUGUCAUCUAUAAGAAGGCAGAAUUAUGAUGAACUUGUUUCUUGCAAUAAUACUCGUGUUGAUAUUGUAGAGGAACUUAAGGUAAAAAAUCCUGUGGAAUCAAAUAGAUCUUCAGCUAGGUCUGUUUUAAAUAUGAUGUCUAAAAUUAUGAAUUCUUUGGAAGAAAAUACAUUGAGUUUUGGGGAGUUUUGUUGUAGGAAUGAUCCUAUGUCGAUUAUUGACAAUGUAGAAUUUUUAAAAAAACAUUUAUUAGAAUGGAAUGAAACUGAUCAAGAGUAUUUGAUGCGAGUUUUAAAUAAGUUAUAUUCUAAAUAUAUAGAAUAUUUUAAUAUCUUUAUUGAUACUCAAAUCCAAGCAAUAGAAGGGGUUAAAUUAAUUAAUAAAAGGAAGCAGGGAGUUCUUCCUUUUUUUAAAAUUUUUCCUAGUUUUGUUGAAAAAUUUAAUAAGCAAAUUGUUAAUUUUUCUGAUAAUACAGGAACAAAAGAAUUAUUGUAUAAAGCUUUUGAAAAGAUAGAAAAUGCUAUGUUUAAAACAUUUAAGCAGUUGGUUCGUGAUGCAUGUAAUUUAAAUAGUGGUUCAAAAACGGACGUUGAAGAUAAAGAUCUUUUAAAUUAUUAUAUUAUCAUCAUUGAAAAUAUGUUUCAAUAUAUCGAAGAGAUUAAAAAAAAGAAUAUAUCUAUUUUGAAAUUAUUUCAAGAAAAAGCGGUUAGAGAAUAUAAGGAACAUCUGAAAUUAUACAUUGAAAAUAUUAUUAAACGACCUUUAGGUCGCAUUGUGGAAUUUUCAGAAAACAUGGACACUUUAUUAAAAACGAAAGCUAUAGAAGAAAUAAAAAGUCUAAUAGAGUUUUCGCCUGCAUCUGUAAAACGUAUAGCGGCUUCGCAUGAUAUCAAAGAGGUGUUGAAGGGAAUUGAAAUCUUAUAUAAACGUAUUGAAAAACACUUCAAAAAUGAAGAAAAUUAUUAUCAUGGACAAAUAGCAGCGAUUGUUUGGAAUAAAAUAAAUGAUGAAUACAAAUUUAAUAUAGAAAGUUUCCAUCAAUUAGUUGCGAAUUAUUAUAAAGUAGAUGGUAUUCAUAUAGAUUGGUCAUAUGAUGAUAUCAAGUUCAGUUUUUUUAGAAAAGGAAUGUAG